GUGUCAUAAAAAACCUAGCCAAGUGAAAUAAAUAAUCUGACUUGUAAACAAAAAAAUCACGAACUGCUGCUGCACAGGAAGCCAACGGCCACAAAAGAGAUAAGCGAAGUUAUCAGUUCCGUUAGCGCAGCUGCUUUUACUCUCUAACUCAUUCUGCCCACGGAGCUUUCUAAAACAGAGGACGAUGGAAACAGCCGAAUUAAGCGAUUUCCAGAUCACCGGCAUUAGUAUUUUCUCCGUGCUGUCAGUUGCGACCGCUGCGAGCAACCUGCUGACGAUCAUUGCCGUUUUUCGGUGUAAGAGAGAAUUCUGGUCCACGGCGUUCGUGUUCAUCUUCGUCCAAGCGGUCGCAGAUAUACUGAUCUCAUGCACUGUUCCAAUUUUAAUCUACUUGACCGUGGACUACAGUAGCUUGAGAUCUGAACAAGAAUGGAACUUUGGAAAAUUAGUCAAAAACAGCAAUCGAAUAUGCAAAAUGAUAUUCAUACCGAUUAUUUGGCACUUUUUCUUUUCCUGGACCAACAUAGUUCUACUCACUUUUGACAGGUUGGUGGCUGCAGGGUACCCUGAAGCCCACGAAAAGAGCAUAACGAAAAGAUGGGUGGGCAUUGCUUGUACUUUUGGACUAUUUAUCUCGAUGAUCUGCACGCGAUUCGUAAUCCAAACAAUGGACACUCCUUGCAAGCACAACCAAUGCUAUACACCUGAUACAAUGUUGGCAAGAACAUUUUCUCCUGCGACUUUCAAAAUCGCUGUAUUACCCUGUUACUUUGUUAUUAUUGUCCUUUUUAUUGUUGUCCUUACUGAAAUUCCGACCUAUAGACGAGAUCAUAGCUGGACAAAAGUCAAAACAUUAAAGAUGUUGGCGAUUUUGCUCCUCCUGUUCAUCAUCGGUUGGCUUCCUUUCUUGACAGUUAUGUUAGCUUACUUGAGCAACCUGAUGCCCCAUGAAUAUAUAAUGAAGGCAUUUCUGUGUUCGUUUAUCAGCAUUGGAUUUAAGUGCCUCACGACACCUUCAGCAUACCUAAUUGGCCUCCAUAAUUUUAAGGUGGCUUUAAAACAAGUUUAUUCUUGUAAGAAGACGCGUCACGUGCAUUACGCUAACGUUUUGUUGUGAUAAUCUAUUUUCUGACUCGCUCAUUUGGACCAACAGUGAUUUGAAAUAAAAAAAUUAACAAUAUUUAUCGAUUAUAACGUUAUUAAAA